AUGCCGCCACAUCUUCAAAUAUUCUCACCCGGCCCAACGACAGCCGAGCUUGGGACUUUCGAUGUAUUCCCCGCGCUUCCACCUGAGCUGCGCAUAAAAAUAUGGCAUCAUGUGCUACGUCACCCUCGAUUGAUCAAAGUGCGCAUUCGUAACCGGCUAUUAAUGGACGGUCUUCUCGCUCGACAGGGAGAUUGGGGUCCAGGAAAGAUGCCAGAAAAAAGACCAAGCACCCAUGAGUGCGAAGACUACGGUAUAGUGAUUCAAGGCUACGGCACAAUUAGCAAAUUAUUCCGAGUUAGCAAAGAAUCUCGUGAUGCAGCACUAUCGUUCUAUCGAGUGCACAUUCCCUGCUGGAUGGUCAAGGGCAAGACAAAAAGCGAGGACAUGAAACCCAGCUUCUUCUACUUCAACCCUGAAUUUGAUCAUCUCUUCCUAAGCACAGACACAGGCCAAGUGCCUGAUUUUCUUCACGACCUAAAGACUCUUCAUGAUCCUCUACAGAUAGGGCUUUUGAAUCUUGCCGUCGACUCAAACAUGUUGAGCGGCCCCGGUGGCAUCUGCAACAUCGACCUCUCGUCUCUGCCGCAGCCACACCUUGAAAGUUACACCGAGACGUUGGCGCAGCUCCGCGAGGUACUUUUCGUCCAACUUCAACGGGUUGGUCGUUAUGUCAUUGGCUAUUACACUGGGGAGCCAGCGUCGCAAAAUCAGAUUAACUCCUCUCUGCCUGUUACUACAAUGUCACCUAGCUUUGACCGUAUAUCCCCAGACCCUCGACAAGUAGAAGAAGACUUGGCAAAAACCUUCCUGCACGGUGAUCCACGAGAGAUGAUUUGCACCUGGGGCCGCUACUUCUAUAACGCUUUCGGUGGCCGAGUAAUUCCCAGCACUGAUUACAGGGUCUUACUCGGUUUUGAGCCUCUAGCCUUCGACAUAUACACCCUCGAAGACGGGAAAGAUAGUUUGCAGCAACAAAGGGAGCGCUGGUUAAGUGAGCUCACCAUAUACGGUCCUGCUGAAAAGUCAGCUAGCGAGGCGUUAAUAGAGUCAACACCAUCUGCAUUUGGAUUUUGGCUGUUUGAUGUCCACGCAUUUGGUGCACUCCCUGAACACCCUAAUCAUGAAUUGGAAAGGAGAAGGCCGGGCAGGUGGGACUUAAGCCAGCACCGGCCGGAACUUUGCUUGCAGUAUUUCCAAUUAUAA